AUGAAUUUAUAUCGACCUACAAAUUCUUCAAUUUUAUCGUUUGUUCGAUUAUGUUUUCAACGUUAUUUAAGUACUGAUGUAGCUAUAGCUAAUAAAAGACCUGAGACGUCUUUUACAAAAUCUGAAAAUGAAAAUUAUAAAGUUUCUUCACUAAUUCUAAAUCGUAAUCCACGUACAUUAGAAUGGCAAAAUUUACAAUAUCGUACAACUGGAUGGCCUCUUCAAUAUCCACCAAAAGACUAUAUUCAUAAAGCUUUGUUAGAACGAACAGGCAGACAUUUAAUAUCAAGAAUUGAACAUACGUCAGGUGUCACAUGUUUAACGGUUACAACUCGAGAAUAUGCUAUUAGAAAACAUCUAGGCACAACUCAGGAUCGUACAUCUGCCUAUUGGUUAGGUGUCAUAUUAGGACAACGCGCACUAGAAUGUGGUAUAACACGGAUAUAUUUUCAUCAUAGUGGUAAUAGACGUUAUGAAAAAUCAGAACGUUUAAAAAAAUUUUAUAUAGGUUUAUGUGAUAGUGGUAUUGAAUUUGAAGAUAACAAAAAACAAUUUCAAUUAACAAAAGAUGAUAUUGAUGGUGUGAAUUAUGAUGAACAGUUUAAAGAUGUAAGAUAUCAACCACCACAGAUACAAUUUCCUCCAGAUUUAUAUCAUGAAAAAUUACAUUAUUUGCAGUUAGGACUUCAAAAUAAGAUCAAGAAAGGAGUCGAAUCCUAG